GCUCGACACACACACACAGACAGACACACACGGGAUCCGACAGAUAUGCCUCGGUCCUGGAUCACACCUGCACCGGCUCUCGCUUCCCAUAUACAAGCGGCGUCUGGACGCGCGCCGACGGCCAUUUAAACGCGACGCACCUGCCGGGGAUCCAAAAAACAUUUGAUGUAUUCCUCAAAUAAAUCAACUGUCAGUUCAGAAGAAGCGACGAAAUGUGUGGUUAAACUGCCUCUCAUCUCAUCCCAGCUUCUUUCUUACAGACAGAUUUUUAAUCCGGAUGAAAUAAUGACUAUUGUGGAUUAACGUCUAUUUUUUAUUCUUCCUCUUCUUCUUCUUCGCGUUAUCGGGAUCGGAGGAUCAUCUGCCUUUACCCAUUUGCCGUUACAGUCUUUUUAUUACAGGCAUAGUAAUAUAAUAUCGUGAAGAUGGCGACUGGAGCGGGCUGGCAGCACUAUUACAACCCCGCUGGCAGCGCAUCGACGGGGAAAUAUAACAGCACCUCCACUUCAACAUCCACCAGCACGUCCUUCCCGUCCGGUUUAACCCUCGAAUACACGCAGGACCUCCAUCUGAAGAUGAGCAAGAAGAUCGCGCAGCUGACCAAGGUGAUCUACGCCCUCAACACCAAGAAUGAUGAGCAUGAAGCUGCCAUCCAGACCCUGAAAGAGGCCCAUGAGGAGGAGGUGCAGCAGAUCCUCUCAGAAACGCGGGAGAAGAUCAUGCAGUACAAGAGCAAAAUUAGCGACGAGAUGGACCUGAAGCGGCGCAUUCAGUCUCUGGAGGAGUCAAUGGAGCUGCAUGAGCGGAUGAAACGGCAGGCCCUGGCCGAGUUCGAGACAUACCGCCAGCGGGUGGAGGACAUGCAACUGUGCACGGAGGCGCAGCACACACAGCGUGUGGUAAGCAUGUCCCGCGAGGUGGAGGAAAUGCGACGCUCUUUCGAGGAGAAGCUCAGAUCCUUUGGACAGUUGCAGUCUCAGUUCGAGCAGGAGAAACGACAGGCUCUGGAGGAGCUGCGCAGUGGACAUCGGCAAGAGGUCCAAGAACUGCUUCGUUCACACCAAAGCCAGAAUGCAAACUACAGCAAAGACCAGGAGAAACUGGGCCAGCUUCACAAAGCUGAGGUGGAUUCGCUGAACGAGCGGGUGGAGGAAUUGAAACAGGACAAGAAGCGUCUGGUGGAGGAGUACGAGGCCAAGCUAAAUAAAGCCCAGGCUUUCUACGAGCGCGAGCUGGAGGCCAUGAAGCGCACGCAGCAGAUGACGGCCGAGAACCUGCUGGCCUGGAAGAAGACCGAGGCUGAGCUGCGCAAAGAGUUCCAGGCGCAGGAGGCAGCGCUGCAGAAAACUCUGGGGAAGCUGCGCAGUGAACUGCAGCGCGUGCAGGACGAGGCAAGAGAGAGCAGAGAGAAAUCACACAAACUACAGGCCUCCCUCAUGACUGCUGAGAACAACAUGAAGGAGCUGCAUAAACAGUUGGAGGAGGUGACUAAGGACGCAGAGAUCGUGGAGAUCAGGCAGAGGGAAGGCGAAUGUGAGCUGGAGGCGUCCAGAGACAGAGUGCAACAGCAGGCCACAGAGAUCCUGCUCAAAGCCAGUCAGAUCGGGAGUCUUCAGGCCACUCAGAUGACCCACGAGGCCGUCAUUCGGGACCUGGAGUCGGAAAAGUCUCGUCUGAAGGACAAGGUGUUGCGUCUGGAGGAGGAGAGAGGAGCGCUGCAGAACAAAUGUCAGACGCUGGACGACCGGCAGAGACAGCAGAUUGUCACACUGGAGAAGUCUCUUCGAGAGGAAAAGCAGAUCUAUGAGAAGGAGCUGAUGAACUUGCGUGCCAAAUAUGAAGAGGACACUGCUCACUUUAAGGACAGCCACAGCCGGGCGCUGGAGGAGCUCUCCAGAAAACACCGGGCAUCCCUGGAAAACAUCCAGAGCCUCUCGGAGAAGGAAAAGAACCGGCUCCUGUCUGAGAUGGAAGAUCAGUUCAGCAAGGAGCGGACCUCUCUAGAAGAACAGAAGAGAAUUUUACGAGAGGAACUGGACAGUCUGAGAGAGGAGCUUACAGCCAAACUCAACAUGGCCAACAAUGAGGUGAGUCGGCUCCAGGAGCUGGUGAAGCAGGGUGAACAGACACUGGGCUCCUCUGAGGGACACAUCUCCAACCUGAAGGAUGCUCAGAAGAAGCUUCUGGAAGAGCUGGACGCCACACGAGCCAGACUCCGAGAGACCAGCAACCUUCUGACAGCCCUUCAGGGAGAGAUGGAGACUCAGAAACAACAGCACGAUGCCAAACUCAUCUCCAUCAAAGAGGAGGAGAAGCUCAAAAUGGAUAAGAUGGCCCUGGAGCUUGAGCUGAAGUGGACCGAGACACUCAGGCAAGAGUGUAAGAAACUGCGUGAGGAGCUGCGUGAAGAUCAUGAAGAGGAUAAAAGGUCAGCGCUCACCCAGCUGGCCCAGAAUAAAGAUCAGGAGCUCUGCUCGGCCAGAGAGAGUUGGCAGAGGAAGGUGGAGGAUCUCCUGGAGCAGAUCUCUCUGCUGAAGCAGAGUCUGGAGAUGCAGCUCUCGCAGUCGCAGCACUCUCUGCAGCAGCUGCAGGCUCAGUUCAGUCAGGAGCGGGAACACCUGGGCCAGCAGCUGGAGGAGAUGGAGAUGGAGCACCAGCACAGACAGCAGCGGCUGCAGGAGGCUCACUGCUGCGCCAUACAGGACAUGCAGGAGGCCCGCAAGCACGACCUCAAGGCGCUGGAGGAGCGUCUGAGGCAGCAGCACCACAUGGAGCUUCAGACCCUGCGUGAGGCUCACAGGCAGAACAUCGAGACCCUCAAACAGCAGUCAGAGCAGGAGCUGCAGACCCUCCGCUUCGAGCUGGAGGACGAGGGCAAAGCCAUGCUUGCGUCGCUCCGUUCUGAGCUCAACCAUCUCCACGCAUCAGCCAUUGAACACAUGCGUCAGACCCAUCAACAGGAAACAGCAGCUGCCAAACAGGAACUGGAAAACGCUUUGGAGCAGAGCAGAGUACAGGAACGUGAGCUUCUGAACCGCAUCUCGGACCUGCAGGAGGAAGUCAGUCGCAGGAAGAAGCACAUCGCUGAUUUGGACCACGAGAUCCACACGCUCAACGAGAACAUCAGCACUCUGACCAAAGAGCUGGAGCUUAAGGGUAAAGAGGUGCUUAAGAUCCGCAGCGAAGCCAACCAGCAGAUCAGAGCUCAUGAACAGGACCUGUGUAAGAAACACGAGCGAGAGAUGGCAGAGCUCAACGCUCUUCACCACAGAGAAACACAAAACAUGCUGUCCGACUUCAACAAAGCCCAGGAGCUGCUGAAGGACAAGAUCUCCGCUCUUCAGAUCCUGUUGGAGGGAACAGAAGAUAAGUUCCGCAACAGAGAGAGCAGACCUGAAGAUCUGCAGACAAUAGCCGAACUGAAGGACAUGGUGGCCGAGAGAGAGGCUUUAGUCAAGAAGCUGGUGGAUGACAAAAAGUUUUACCAGCUGGAGCUUGUAAACCGAGAGACCAGCUUCAACAAAAUAUUCAACGCAAACCCCAAUGUUGGUGUCAUUAACCCUCUUGUCAAGCAAAAGCGAAAGAACGACAAAUCAGCCACCCGAUUCAGCAGCUCGGCCAAUCUUAGGGCCAAUGUGGAGGCUUCGGGGACAGGGAGCGGGCAGCCCCAACCCAACCGCCUCGAACCCCUUCCCAACUCCCCCAUUCACCAGCUGGAGCCAAACACGAGCAAACCCUUGUCCCUGCCAACCCCUCUCACCGAACCCAAGAAAGUGACGAGCCCUCCUGAAGGAGAAGAAUCAGCCUUGACCUCUCCGGACCCCCAGAGACAAGAGUGGUUCGCUCAGUAUUUCUCCUUCUGACUUCUGCAAUUAAAGAGCAUGUCGACCAAAACAAAACAACAAAAAGACAAAAAAAAAGGAAAAAUUCAAAUCAUUUUACGACACAUCCGUUCAUUUCUUCUUCUUUUUUUUAUUUUUCUCUCCCCACUGUGAAUGGGUUUCUUGUUUUUACAGUGCUGAUAGGUAUGUCUGACAUUUUAUUUUACUGCAGUUUCUAGAGUGGUGCAUACGCUGCUACUUACUAUUUGUUAAAAGAUUGAAAAACGAAAAAAGUACGACUAAAAACAACAGUAUUGUCUCCUCUGUAUCUAAUUUUAGAAUGCCACCGUAAUGACUUUGUUACAGCUGCAUUAUCAAUUUUGGUAGGAUUAAACUGUUUGUAUGGAUGUCUCAACACAGAUAUAAUGAUGUCUCGCUAAUUUUAAAAACAAAUGCAUAUUUUAUAUUUAUAUUACUGGUGUAUGCGUAAGAAUAAAUAACUAUUGUGACAUUUAACUGAGCGUGUCUGUUAUGUGAGUGAACUUUGACCAUUCGAGGAGCUAAAAGCAGAGGAACGUAUGAUUUGAAAUGCCUGUAUUUUCAUAAACAUCAACACAUAUUGCCCUGA